AUGCUGAGCUCAGUGUGCGUCUCCUCUUUCCGCGGGCGCAAGUCUGGGAACAAGCCGCCGUCCAAGUCAUGUUUGAAAGGGGAGAUGGGCCGGAACGAGGACAACGACAAGAUAGUCAUCAACGUCGGGGGGAUCAGGCAUGAGACCUACCGCAGCACCCUCAAGACCCUGCCGGGGACGCGGCUCUCGUGGCUCACCGAGCCCGACGCCUGCAGCAACUUCGACUACGACCCCAAGGCCGACGAGUUCUUCUUCGACCGGCACCCGCAGGUCUUCGCCUACGUCCUCAACUACUACCGCACGGGCAAGCUCCACUGCCCGGCCGACGUCUGCGGGCCCCUCUUCGAGGAGGAGCUGGCCUUCUGGGGCAUCGACGAGACCGACGUGGAGGCCUGCUGCUGGAUGAACUACCGGCAGCACCGCGACGCCGAGGAGGCCCUCGACAGCUUCGAGACCCCCGAGAGCCAGGAGGAUGAGGAGAGCGGCGACCUCAAGCGCCUCUGCCUGCAGGAGGACGGACGCAAGCUGGGCUGGUGGUCCGGCUGGCAGCCCAAGGUCUGGGCCCUCUUCGAAGACCCCUACUCCUCCAAGAUGGCCAGGUAUGUGGCCUUUGCCUCCCUCUUCUUCAUCCUCAUCUCCAUCACCACCUUCUGCCUGGAGACCCAUGAGACCUUCAACCGCAUCAUCAACAAGACGGAGAUCAUCCAGUCGGAGAAUGGGACCAGCAUGAAGGUGGACUUAGAGAUGGUGACGGCGCCUUUCCUCACCUAUGUGGAAGGGAUGUGUGUCAUUUGGUUCACCUUUGAGUUCCUCAUGCGCGUCUUGUUUUGCCCAGAUAAGAUGGAGUUCAUCAAGAGCACCCUCAACAUUAUCGAUUUUGUGGCCAUCCUGCCUUUCUAUCUGGAGGUAGGUCUCAGCGGCCUCUCGUCCAAAGCCGCCAAAGACGUGCUGGGCUUCCUGAGGGUGGUCAGGUUUGUUCGGAUCCUGAGGAUCUUCAAGCUGACAAGGCAUUUUGUAGGACUGAGAGUCCUCGGCCACACGUUGAGGGCCAGCACCAACGAGUUCUUGCUCCUCAUCAUCUUCUUGGCCCUGGGGGUCUUGAUCUUUGCCACCAUGAUCUACUACGCUGAAAGGAUCGGGGCCGACCCGGCCGACAUCACGGGCAGCAAGCAUACCGUCUUCAAGAACAUCCCCAUUGGGUUCUGGUGGGCGGUGGUGACUAUGACGACUUUGGGCUAUGGUGACAUGUACCCGGAGACUUGGUCAGGCAUGUUGGUGGGCGCCCUGUGCGCCUUGGCAGGCGUAUUGACCAUUGCCAUGCCUGUGCCAGUCAUUGUCAACAACUUUGGCAUGUAUUAUUCACUGGCCAUGGCCAAGCAGAAACUACCAAAGAAAAAAAACAAGCACAUCCCACGAGCCCCCCAGCCUGGAUCACCCAACUACUGCAAACCGGGCAUGCAGUCUCCACACCGCAGCAACCAGGGUGACUCGUGCCCCCUUGCUCAAGAGGAGAUCAUCGAGAUCAACAGGGCAGAUUCAAAGCAGAAUGGUGAUGCAGCCAAUGCAGCAUUAGCCAACGAAGACUGCCCCACCAUUGACCAGGCCCUGUCACCUGAAGAGAAGUCGCCUGUCACGCCUGGUGGCCGGGAGCGCUACAACCGUGACCGAGCCUGCUUCCUCCUCUCCACGGGUGACUUUGGGCAGUCGCCUGAUGGGAACAUCCGAAAAGCCACCGGCUAUGAGAAGUCCCACAGCCUGAACAGCAUUGCUGGACUGCGCCUGUCUCCGGCGCCCACUCCCUUCGGCUCGCCCGGUUCCGUCCGACGCCCCCGCUCGCCCAUCCCUUCCAUCCUAUAG